ACCGUGUACUGCCCUGGUUAAGACCUUUGACUGAUGCUUUGGAUGAACGCUGAUGGAAAGGCUACAGAUAUUGCCUCAUUAAUAAAUAUCACUCCUCUCCGAUGACACCGGCAGUAACUCCCAGAGUUGUUUACUGUGUGACUCUGAAUGUACGUGCUGUUCCUUCACAUAACACCAGGCUGUGAUUUCUAUGGACAAAGAGCACCAGUAUGUGACAAGACUGCAAAGGCCACUGCUGAAUAAGCUGUCCGCUUGCUGCUUCCAGAGUCAUUCACCAACAACUUGCCACAGACACUCCAGAGAUAUAAAUACAAAUAAUUGGCAUUAUCCUCUCCAGGGCAACGGAGGAGUAACAUCCCAGCUCAGGACAUACCAAGACACUCUCAUCCCUCAGAUCACACUUACUGCUGGACAAGUGUUGAAUCAGCUGGGUAUAUAAAGUGUGUGAGUGGAGGAUUACCGAUGCCAAAUCAGCCUUUUCCUCAAACCUUGUGCUCACUUUCUGUUAGUGUUUGAGAUUAAAAAUACAGCUGCCCUAUUCUUUAAUGUCCCGGUCAUCAAUCUAGACUUGUUUGUCAGGGUGGAGCUACAGGCUUUGCAGUCUCAACAUCCCUUUCCUUCAUUCUGAGCUUACUUUCUAGGAUAUGGGUGAACAAAAUAAAAUACUAUCUCGUCCCAUUUUCCGCCGAGAUGUCAGCUGGGAUCCUUUCCCAAACUGGACACAGCCGAGCCGUAUCUUUGCGCAGGAUUUUGGCCUGCCUCCUUUCCUGGAGCCUAGUGAUCUGGACUGGAUAGACUGGGCGAAGAAGAGACUGGCAUCUUUCUCCUGGCCAGGGUAUGCACAAACCCCCCUUCUGCCUCCACUCAGAGGUCAGCACCCUGCGGCGAUGAACGAAAAGGACCUGAAAAAACUCACAAGCGGAGUGUCAGAGAUCCGGACAGGGCAGCACAGCUGGAAGAUCAACCUGGAUGUCAAUCACUUCUCGCCUGAGGAGAUUACAAUCACAACCAAGGAGGGCUACCUGCAAAUAUCAGGAAAUCAUGAAGAGAGGCAAGAUGAGCAUGGAUUAGUUUCAAGAUGCUUCACUCGGAAAUAUAAGUUGCCGCAGGGGGUGGACUUGCAGCACAUCAGUUCAUCAUUGUCUGGUGAUGGAGUCCUGUCAGUAGAGGCUCCUGUUCCUGGGACAUCCAUCAGCGGCCCGGCCAACGAGCUCGUCAUACCCGUUCAGACCAGACAGAGGCAGGACGGUGAAAAGUGAGACCAGCUGAGCAGAACUUGAAACCAGACUCAGAUGUAGCCCAAGUUGUGUGUCGCGACCUUAGUAGCACCGACAUUAAAAAAAAGAAAAACCAGUUUGUUACAGCUUACUAAAUGUGAUGUAUGUAUGUAACAACAGGCUUAUUUUCCAGAGAUACUGUCUGCCACGGUUAAUGCAUGAUCACCGCUGCAGUGCCUUGUCAUAGUUCCUUUUGGUUUUAAAAUUAAAUGCAAACUCAUCAAAGUAAAAACAGAACUGACUUUGAAAAUGAGGAAUAAGGAAGGAAUCAUUUUUGCAUGGCGAGGCAUUUCAAAUAGAAUAUGGGUAGUAGUUUUUCAUGCAUUUCUAAUGUCAUCAUGUCUUCUGUAUAACAGGACAGUAUAGCGACAGUGAAGAUGUCAUAUGAUCUUGAACAAAUGUAUUAAACAACUCCUGCCAUAUAAAUAAAAAAGAUUGUAAUUUUCUUUAUUUAUUAGCAGAUUAUAAGAUUAGUAGGAACCAGUUAAAUUAUUAUUAGGUUAUUUGUUCAUCCAUUGCUCAUCUAUACCUGAAAUCAUGCCCAAAAUAUUUGUCAAACAUACUUGUAUUUCCUGUUCAUGAGAUGGUUUAUUCUAUAGUAUUUAUGUCCAAGUUUAUUUACUCAUGUAGCCUGUCAUCAAUAGUUUAUCUCAAUGUCAAUAUAAUCAGCCACAAUAGAUUUUAACCAAUCAGCUGUAAGAGGUUCUUGAAAGAUAAUUUUUGGGUUCAUGUUUUAAAUUAAAUGGUAAAGUUCCUAAAUAUGAGACAUGUGAUGCCAAAUGUCUAAGCAAAUGAAGCCUAAAGAUGAAUGAAAUAAAGUUAUUUGGCAAGUGCG